GUGAAACGGCGGCUUGCGCGAUUCAUGCGUCACUUCUUGGCGAUUUUUGCCGAAAUGGAAAACGGAAACGUGGUGCGCUUGCGCAAUGACUCUUCUUGCCUGAGUUCCCAUUUUGGCCACAUACUGGUUAAAACACCUUAAUCUACAAUGGCAGACACAGCCCCACUGGAUGAUACUCAGUUCGAAACCGGAGAUUCCGGUGCCUCCCAGACCUACCCCAUGCAAUGCUCUGCCCUCCGCAAAAACGGUUUUGUUAUGCUCAAGAGUCGCCCGUGCAAAAUUGUUGAAAUGUCCACAUCGAAGACCGGCAAGCACGGACAUGCUAAGGUUCACAUGAUCGGCAUCGACAUUUUCUCUAGCAAGAAGUAUGAAGAUAUCUGCCCCUCUACCCACAACAUGGAUGUGCCUUUCGUCAAGAGAGAGGACUACCAGCUGACAGAUAUUUCCGAUGAUGGAUAUCUAACUCUGAUGGCUGACAACGGAGACUUGCGUGAGGACCUGAAGGUUCCUGACGGAGACCUUGGCGAAACCCUUCGCUCCGACUUUGACUCUGGCAAGGAUUUGCUCUGCACUGUUCUCAAGGCUUGCGGUGAGGAGUGCGUGAUUGCUCUCAAGACCAACACUGCCCUGGAGAAAUAAGCGUCCUCCAGCAAAGACAGGGGAGAGAGCCAAAAAGGAAGUUUGUCGGCCGAUUGCAUACGACUGCCGGUCACACUUUUAUAACAAUCUAAAAAUUACCACCUAUCGUUGAAAUAAAGAGACAGCAAACACUGACGUGGCCCUGAAAGAAGAAGUGCUUUUGGCUCUCCUCAUCACAAUCUAACUCGGAAAAAAUCGUAUUUUGCUCCCCUUUCUAUGGCUUAACUACUGAUCAGAGGCGGCUACGAGCCUCUUGUUUAACGGCUUCUCCUAUCUCUCGGCCUUGAGUUAAAUAAUUAUUAUUCGUAUCGAUUCAUUUGCAGCACAAUGAUUAAAUAAGUUCUUUUCCAUCCAGCCCUUUUCACUUUAAAACACACAUUCAUUCAUUCACUCCUCCUGAUCUUCUUUUAUGCACCACUUGCUCCUGCCAGGCGGUUAUUUUUUUAAAAGAUUAAUCAAAAUGAUGCAUAAAUGGAUUUAAAAUUAUGGUGACGAGGUGUUAAGCUGUUGUAGUUGUUACCCCAGCUGGUCUGACUCUUUCCCCCCACCUUAGUCAAUCGGAACGAAAAACGACUUAACUCGGAGCAAGAUGGCCAAAUCGCAGCAAUUACCUAUUUGUUUCACAACCACCUGUUAUUAUUUUUCUAUUUUUUUGUGUUAAGGGUUUUCUCUACACAAUUUUUUUCUUUAAAAAAAUCCUGCAUUUACAAAAACGCCCCUGAUGGUAAUUAAGGAAGAAUAAAAUGCAAUCGGCUUGGUUUGAUUUGUCUUUUUGCAAAAGAGCAAUAUUGUACUACAGAUGGGUUCAUGACAUUGAUUUUAUUGCCAUAUGAUGAUGAACCAUGUUUUCAACAUAAGCAGCAAAGAAGUGGGAUAAUAACAGUUAUAAUAAAAUCAGUAAUCAUUCCCAAAUAAUGUUUCAUUAUUACACUAUCAAACACCGUAGCUAAUAGUGAUUCCGAUUAAAAAAAUUAUUACUUCCAUGUGCUGCUGCGAUGAGAAAAUUCUUGUAAAAUCGCUUUCAAAAUGUCAAAUUUUCUAAUGAAAUCUGUAACAGUGGUUGUGAAAAUUUUGAUCUCAUUGACAGCCAUGCAGACGUAGAAUGAAUUGAUGCGAAAUUCAAUUGAAUUGUUUAGUAAUUUAUGAUAUUUGGCACAAGAUGUCUCUUGGAGUCUGAUUGCAGACGUGAAAAAAGUUGAUUCUAUGUUGAAUUUUUUAUAACCGAUGCUUUUUGAUCUUCAAUCAGGAAUAAUAAAGCGUCGAGCGGUAAAAAAAAUGCAAUUAAUAAUGGAUAUCAUUGGAUCAGAGAGAGGUGUAUGAAGCUAUUUUGAGCAUAAGCAUAAAAAUAUUCGUCAGCCAUAAAUAAUCAAAGAAUUUCGAAAAACUGAAAUUCUUAUACCAAAAUUGUAUAUGUUUUAAAUAUUUUCAUUUUGGAAUCGCCGCCAAAUAUGCAAUCGAGAUGACUAACACGUACAAACUUUAAUUCAGCGAUUUAAUAAAAACACAUUUUCGGUUAACGAAA